AGAGAACAACAAGAAGUUGUAUAACAAUAUCACAUUGGAAGGACCAACCAUAGAGGGGAAAAGGAAACGUUGCAACACCUGAAACGGCAGUAUUAUUGGCUGAAUAUGGCCAAAACAAUAAGAAAUGUGCUGGGAAAGUGUGCAGCAUGCAAUAUAGCAAAAUAUGACAGAAAGCCUUACAAGACGCCUCAGAUGGUCACACCUACUGUAUCUUACUACAAUCGAUUGUUUUACAAGGCUUGCUUCUGCAUGGAUUUUAAAGAAUAAAACAGCCAAGUGCAUGGAACAAAAUUUACUAGCAUUUUUUGGGCUCUUCAAUACCCCCAACAUGUUGUUAAUGGAUAAAGGAAAAGAAUUCGACAACAAUCGGAUCAAAAAACUUUUAGAGGAACUUGGUAUCGACAGCCACUUCACUACAGUAGGACAUCCGCAAUCUCAUGGAAUGAUGGAACGUUUACAUAGCACGCUAACUGAACAUUUGCACUUAUUAGAAGUUGAUAGAAACAUCUGUGGGGAAGAAGCAAUGGCAAGAGCUAUUCUGGCAUAUAAUAGUAGCAUACAUUCUUCAACAAAUUUUUCACCAUUUGAGUUAGUUGAGCAUCCAGAGGAGCAUAGAGAAGUGGAGAGAAAAAUCAUGAACGAGAAAGUUCGGAGGACAAAAAAGUAUAAUUUGGAGGUGGCUGAAGACAUGAAUAAAAUAAAAGUAGGUGACAUAAUCUUCAAGAAAAAUCAUCACAAGAGAACGAAAUCGGAUCAUAGAUUUGUUGGACCAUAUGAAGUGAUUGAUCUACUACAAAGGAACCGAGUGGAGGUAAAAAAGCAACACAACAAUGGACGAGGUAGACAUGAAAUUGUGCAUUUGAGUGAGAUUAGAAGAUCGAAAAGGAACUAUAAUGAAGAUGAGUAAGGAAAGAUUUCCAAAAUGUUUUUAUUAUGUUGUUUUCCAUGUUUUGUUUUUAUGAGUUCUAUUUACAUCUCUAUAAUAGAGAUAGUAAAGACUGGAGGGGGGUAGUUACGGAAGCCUCAGCUGACGUCUUUCACUAUCUCUAUGGAGACAGCUAAGAUUAUGAUGUUGAUUAAAUAAACAAUCAUUCUUUGUCUGAGUUUGAAUGAGACGUUUUAUUCCUAUCUACU